AACGAACAAUGUAAAGGCCACUUCUUUCACAAUUUAAUUAUACAAAAUUAGUGUUCUCCCUGACAUUGCUUUAAAAUGACACGAAAGCUGAAUAAAAAAUUAAAUAUUUGACAUUCCUGGCAAUUCGGGGAAUGCCUAUAUCUAAUCUUAUCUAAAACUAAAAAAUUUGAUUGACUCAAUGAUCAAAAAAAAUGGCAACGAGCAAGUCGCUUCACCUGGAAUUGAAAAAUCUGGACCAAGAGUCCCAAAUCCCCCUCAAUCGCACCCCCACGUCCCCCUCCGAGCAGUAUUACCGCAGUAUUUUCGACCGGGUAAGUACCGAAAUAAAACCCCAAAUUUAUUGUUUUAUUUUUAUGAAAAGUAAAAUUUUCAAGGCCGAUGCUAACAAAGAUGGGGCUGUCACACCCCACGAGCUUGAAGUAGUCGUCGAUAGGUUAAGUCUCACUGAUGAGCCCCCAUCGCAAGACUUCAUUCGCCAAAUCCACAAAAUGGCCGACAAAAACCAAGAUGGAAGAUUGGAUUUCGAUGAGUUUGUUACCAUGAUUAAAACACAGCCCCUUUUCAGGAAAAUCGUAACAAGAUACGUGAAUUUCAUCCUCCCGAGGAGGAAAUUGGGGGCUGUUGAUGUCACACAAGUUGAUGGUUUUGGUGGCGAAUACGAGGAUCAGUACAAGUUUUGCCCCCCUAAAGUGGGGAUGGUUAUAAUUUCGGUCAUCGAAUUGAUUUUCUUCUUUAUUGAUGAGUAUCGUGAGAGAAAUUCGACAAUGUUUGCGUCGGGCCCCAUGGCACAAUUGUUUAUUUAUGAUCCGGAGAGGCGCUACGAAGCUUGGCGGUAUCUCACUUACAUGUUUGUCCACAUCGGUUAUUUGCAUUUGGUGGUGAAUCUAGUCGUGCAGGUUUUCCUAGGGAUUCCCCUGGAAAUGGUGCACAGUUGGUGGCGCGUCCUUUUGGUUUAUGUCACAGGAGUGGUGGCUGGGUCUCUCGGGACGUCGAUCACAGACCCGAAGGCUAAGUUGGCUGGGGCCAGUGGUGGGGUUUACUCGCUCAUUACUGCACAUAUUGCCACUAUAAUAAUGAAUUGGAGCCAAAUGAGUAUGCCUUUUGUUCAAUUGGCGAUUUUUUUACUAAUAACUGGAGUUGAUGUUGGCAAUUCGAUUUAUAACCGGUAUUGGGCCAACUUGGAUGAGCCUAUUGGGUACAUGGCCCACUUUUCGGGGGCCCUGGCUGGGCUUUUGGUCGGAAUUUGUGUUUUGAGAAAUUUGAAAAUUACCAAAAAGGAGAAUAUUAUUUGGUGGGUGUCAAUAGCCCUGUAUUUGGUGUUAAUGUUAGUGGCGAUUUUAUGGAACAUUUUUUAUACUGAUUAUUUCCCGACACAGAAAUGAUCAUUUUGUACUAAUUUUUAUAAAAUAAAAGCCAAAAA